AUCGCCUUCCUGGCUGUCCCGUUCCCAGUCAAGGACUUCCAGUCCCGCUGUGGGUUGGGGGCUUGCAGCAGCCGGGCUCUGAGACUUCGAGCCCCGGCCUCCCCACUGGGCACAGGGCCGGGCGUGCCGGGAGGCUGGCGGGCCGGCGGUUCCGCGCUCGGAGGUAGGUGGUGCUGUUGCCGCGACGUCUUCCUCAUUGGCGCCGCGCGGAGAGGCGGAAUGUUCAACUCCUGACUCCGGCGGAAGCGUGGGAGCCGCGCGGGCCGCUGUCCCCGACCCCCGCCGCAGCUCGCGUCCGGCCCGGGAGCAAGGUUUCGUGGACGUUUACUACUUGGUCAUUAUGAGAUGUCGUCUCUCGGUGCCUCCUUUGUGCAAAUUAAAUUUGACGACUUGCAGUUUUUUGAAAACUGCGGUGGAGGAAGUUUCGGGAGUGUUUAUCGAGCCAAAUGGAUAUCCCAGGACAAGGAGGUGGCUGUGAAGAAGUUACUCAAAAUAGAGAAAGAGGCAGAAAUCCUGAGUGUUCUCAGUCACAGGAACAUCAUCCAGUUUUACGGAGUGAUUCUGGAACCUCCCAACUAUGGCAUUGUCACAGAAUAUGCGUCCCUGGGAUCCCUGUAUGAUUACAUUAACAGCAACAGGAGUGAGGAGAUGGACAUGGAGCACAUCAUGACCUGGGCCACCGACGUAGCCAAAGGGAUGCACUACCUACACAUGGAGGCUCCGGUCAAGGUGAUCCACAGAGACCUCAAGUCAAGAAACGUUGUCAUUGCUGCUGACGGAGUGCUGAAGAUUUGUGACUUCGGUGCAUCGCGGUUCCAUAACCAUACAACACACAUGUCCUUGGUUGGCACUUUCCCGUGGAUGGCUCCAGAAGUUAUCCAGAGUCUCCCUGUGUCCGAAACCUGUGACACAUAUUCCUACGGUGUGGUUCUCUGGGAGAUGCUAACAAGGGAGGUCCCCUUUAAAGGUUUGGAAGGAUUACAAGUAGCUUGGCUUGUAGUGGAAAAAAACGAGAGAUUAACCAUUCCAAGCAGUUGCCCCAGAAGCUUUGCUGAACUGCUACACCAGUGUUGGGAGGCUGAUGCCAAGAAACGGCCAUCGUUCAAGCAAAUCAUUUCAAUCCUGGAGUCCAUGUCAAAUGACACGAACCUUCCUGACCAGUGUAACUCAUUUUUACACAACAAGGCAGAAUGGAGGUGUGAAAUUGAGGCUACCCUUGAGCGGCUGAAGAAGCUAGAGCGCGAUCUCAGCUUUAAAGAGCAGGAGCUCAAAGAAAGGGAGAGACGCUUGAAGAUGUGGGAGCAGAAACUGACGGAGCAGUCCAACACCCCGCUGCUGCCUUCCUUUGAGAUCGGUGCGUGGACCGAAGACGAUGUGUAUUUUUGGGUUCAGCAGCUCGUCGGGAAAGGCGAGUCCUCGGUCGAGAUGAGUGGAUACGCAAGCUUGUUUAAGGAGAACAACAUCACAGGCAAGCGGUUGCUGCUUCUGGAAGAGGAAGAUCUGAAAGACAUGGGCAUUGUCUCCAAGGGACACAUCAUUCAUUUUAAGUCAGCUAUUGAGAAGCUAACCCACGAUUACCUGAACCUGUUUCACUUCCCACCACUAAUAAAGGAUUCAGGAGGGGAACCUGAAGAAAAUGAGGAAAAAAUAGUGAACCUUGAACUUGUUUUUGGAUUUCACCUGAAGCCAGGCACUGGCCCACAGGAUUGCAAAUGGAAGAUGUAUAUGGAGAUGGAUGGAGACGAAGUGGCUAUAGCAUACAUAAAAGACGUGACUUUCAACACGAGCCUCCCCGAUGCAGAGAUUUUAAAGAUGACAAAGCCACCGUUUGUAAUGGAGAAGUGGAUCGUAGGGAUAGUGAAGGAUCAGACAGUGGAGUGCACGGUCACCUAUGAGAGUGAUGUCAGAACACCGAAAUUCACUAAGCACGUGCACUCAAUACAGUGGGACAGAGCGAAGCCUCAGGAUGAGGUGAAGGCGGUCCAGCUUGCCAUUCAGACUCUGUUCUCCAGCUCAGAGGGCAACCCUGGCAGCAGGUCUGACUCAAGUGCGGACUGCCAAUGAACACUCUGCGCGUGACAACAGAUUGCAUCCCACUUUCUCUAGCAGCGUUCCCUAAAGCAACCCUAUCCUGGGGUCCCUUUCUUCCCGUGCUUUGUUAACCAGGAUUCCUCGCAGCAGCUGCAGGGGCGGACCCAGACUCCCGUGAAGUACCAGCAGAUUACACCAAGCAUCAACCCUUCCCGGAGCUCCUCCCCGACACAGUAUGGGCUGACCAAAAACUUCUCCUCCCUGCACCUCAACUCCAGGGACAGCGGCUUCUCCAGCCUCAAUGACAGCUCCUCCGAGAGGGGCCGCUACUCAGACCGGAGCAGAAACAAGUACUACCGCGGUAGCGUAUCCCUCAACUCUUCUCCGAAAGGAAGAUACGGUGGGAAAAGUCAGCAUUCCACACCUUCAAGAGAAAGGUAUUCUGGAAAGUUCUACAGGCUGCCCCAGUCAGCGCUGAACACUCAUCAGUCCCCUGACUUCAAGAGGAGCCCGAAUGAUCAUGACCGUCGUGCGCCCAAGACCAUCCCCGGGAUGCCUCUGCACCCCGAGACUGCCCCCAAAGCAGGGGAAGAGGAGAGCAGAGUGAGUGAAGGGGGCUGGACUAAAGUAGAGUAUCGCAAGAAGACGCAUAGGCAACUUUCGGCCAAGACUAGCAAGGACCGAACCCGCGGCAACUACCGUGGGCGGAGGAACUUUUGAGAGAUUCAAUCAGAUGCGCUUCUCCAAGCGGGUUAUAUAGUGGUUCGUGCAAUGGAUUUUUGGUAGUAAAAUGUCUUGAGAUUCCAGGGACCAAAAAAGACUAGUUUGGGGGUUGGGAAAUACCUUUUUACUGAAAGGACAACCAAAGCAUGGCCGUAAUUAUGGCUGUUAGUCGACUAGAGGUGGCAAUUAAACUUGACAAUAACUGUCCAUGUUUCGUCCCCCGAAUUAAUAUUGAAGAGGGAAAGGCUGUGCCAUUCAUUCUGUGCUGGGAACCUCUUGGGGCUAGGAUAAAGCUAGUGAGAACCACAGAAAAAUCAAAUUUCUAGAUAAAACCGGAUUCGUCUGAUUUUCCCUUUCAUCUAAGGAUCCAAGAUGGCUCAGCAAAGCACUGUGAACAAUCCUUUAUUUUAAAAUGUAGGUAUUUUGUUCAUCAUGAAUUUUCGCAUCUUAUUUUUUUCUACUGCGAUAAAAUUUCAUUUAUCUUGAUUGUCGAGGGAUUUUUUUUUAAAAAAUGCCUCCCUAAAUGUUGUGCCCAAGGCAAGUGCCUCACUCAUCUCCACCGAGUUAGUAUUUAUUUUAGUGAGAUAUUUGUGUUUCUGUCAUGGUCAGGGUUGAACUGAUUUGGCUUGUCAUUUUUAGGUAAUAAAAAAGAUUAUUGAAGUUAA